GUGUGGUGCUGGGACCAGUCUUCUGAAAGAAGACUCCAAAAUAAAUUAUCUUCAACCUGUUUAUCCUGGGACUGACUUUUCUUUGGAGAAAAGCUCGACAGAGAAACUUUUCACACUGGAACCAUUAUAAAUAAAUCUAUUUAAAGAACUUGCUACCUGGAGACACUUUUGCAGAGAUUGAAUCCUGCUUUUCAUCUGUGUUCGCACUUCAGACUGUAAACAAUGAGUGAGUUCUGGUUGUGUUUCAACUGCUGUAUUGCAGAACAGCCUCAGCCUAAAAGACGACGGCGGAUUGACCGAAGCAUGAUUGGGGAGCCAACAAACUUUGUUCACACAGCUCAUGUAGGAUCAGGAGACCUAUUCAGUGGAAUGAACUCGGUGAGCUCAAUUCAGAACCAAAUGCAGUCCAAGGGAGGCUAUGGAGGUGGCAUAUCUGCAAAUGUUCAGAUGCAGCUUGUAGACACUCAGGCAGGAUAACCUUGGGGAAAGCUUUCCAGUUUAUGUGAGUUCCUGUAUCUUCUUUCCUCUUUUGCCUUGGUGACUGCUUUGUGUUCAUGAUGAGAGAAAUGAUGGCUCAUUGUUCACAUUUUGUGAUUACUCCAGUGAAAAGUUGCUGUUCUGCUCUGAUGAUGCCGUUUAUGAGAUUGGUCCUACCGUGCCUUUCACUGACAUGCACACAUUGGCCUCCUACCAGUACCAUGGACAUAGAGGUGUUUAGGAUUGGUUUUAGCUGUUUGUUAAAGCAAAUUAAAGCACCAACCUUAGCUUCCAUCAUCAAUACCUAAUGCACAGCAUUCUGUUACUCUUUAUUCUUUAAAUAUUUUCUCCAAUCAAGUAAUUUAGAAAUGAGUAAGUUUACAUUAAUAUUUUUAAUCUCUCAUUGUUCAUAUUCAUUUUUGAAAGGCCUGGGCCCUGCAAGCACAAAUUAUUAUUUCAUACAAAAUCAGCAGAAUAGAUGACCACAUGCUUUGUGGAGUUGAUUUGUAUGGUGGCCUGUUUGGUGCCAGAAAAAAAUUAAAUUGCUUACUGCAGACUGAUGAUACUGUUGUUGGUGAAAAAUUUAGUUGUGGCACGUGUCAUGCCUGUUUCUGAAAAAGGACUUGUAUCUUAUCUGCUUCAGAGUUAGGUCUUUAUUUUAAGUUUUAUCCAACUGGUCUUGAAAUAAUAAAGAGAAAACUUGCAUUCAUAAGGCAUUAUAAAUGUUCAGUAUAUUUAUUUUGAAAGAGCUGACCUCAAGACUGUAAACCAGUGUAGUAUCUAAGUAUUGUGGAAGCGCUUUAGUCUAUUUAAAAAAUAAAAUAAUCAUGUUUGGCUGCUUCUUUCUUUUUACAAUUUUUCUUAAUUUUAGU